UGAUCUGCAGUGGUUUUAUGGACAAUAAGAACUCUGUUUCAUAAAUACGGGAAGUGUGGGAAAAUCGUCGAAGAACUUCUACAUUUCAGAAGGUAACUAUUCUUAGUUAGGCCACGGCAAAAUAUUGUUUCAAUUACCAGAUCAUACAUUGCGACUUUUGUUAAGGAAUCCUACAUGUAACUGAAGUAUUGUACUUUUACAAUACAAUGCUUCCGACAGAAACGCAGCAGUUUGAUAUAAUCAUUUAAAUGUGAUCAUUUUUUUGGGACUGGGAUUGUGUCAUAGCUAAAUUCAACUUUUACUAAACAUUUUUUUGUACAGACUCUCCUACAUCACCUCAUUUUUCAAUUUUCAAUCUUCAAAUGGUACGAGACCUCGAUUGUUUCUUUGUUUUCUUAAAGAAAUCAUAGUACGCAAGGCUUAUGUAAAUCUUGCUGGCACUUUUUGUUCGGCAUACGAGCACUACGGCCUCUUAAGCUAAUCUGCUAAGAAAUCCGGCCAUAGUUUGCAUAGAAUUCCAUUGAAACCUUUAGCAACUUACAAUUUUUUCGUCCCCUCUUUUCUUUUGAACACCAACGAGGUCUUCAAAAGUGAGCCAGUUCUUAGAUUACUAAUCUGCUCUAGCUUAAACUGCAUAUUGUUUGAAAUCUGAAUUGGUUGUCUUUCUGACUCUAGACUUACACGUUACAAGUCAUGAAGGGGGUUUUUACGCUGCUGAGCUUUCUCACCCUUGGUCUGGGUGAGGAAAUAAAAGUGAAAUUGGAUCAUCAGUGGCCGAACGGAUUCAAAAUGAAGUUUAAGCACGUGAUGACACAAGAAGUAAGGGGAGGCUGGAAAAUGACGAUGAAGUUUUCGAAACCAGUCGGUCGGCUGCAAUUCCCGAAUGCAGAAGAACUUUCUUCAGAUAAAGAGAACAAGGUCUUUUGCCUGAGAAAUCGUCAGUACAAUGCGAACCUCAAUGCUGGGCAAAUGCUGGAAAUGGAUUUUAUCGGUGAAAAAGCGAAAGCCAACGAAGCGGCUCCAUCAGCUACCCUGGAAUUACACCCGGGAAGAAAUGCCAAAUGUGACAUGACUCCACCCCCGACGAUCCACCCUCCCGAAGCCACCCCUCCCGUGCAAGAAAUAUCCAAGGCAGUUCUCUUUGAAGAGUGGCCAAAUGGCUUUAAAAUGAAUAUCAGCAUUACUAUGAAGCAAAAGGUCGAAGGUGGAUGGACAAUGACCCUAACUUUUCCUACACCUGUCAGGGUGUUGCAGACGCCAAAAGCAAAAAGAAAGUGGCGAUCUAAGGACCGCAUGAUCUAUAUAUUGGAAAAUCGACAACACAACGCGUUCAUUGACAGAUGUUCAAAGCUCGAGAUGAUUAUCAUAGGGAGAAAGGGAAUGAAUUCUGAAGCACCAAAAGAAGCUAACAUAGAAUUUCGUCGUAAAGAAAACUGGGAAGCUGGAGGAGGCGAAGGGGAGUGUCUUUCUACUACUACUCAACCACCCACAACCACAGAGCCACCAACUACAACAGAGUCACCCACUACCACAGAGCCACCAACAACCACGGAGCCACCAACCACAACAGAGCCACCCACUACCACAGAAUCACCGUCCACCACUGAGCCACCCACAAACACAGAACCACCAACCACUACAGAGCCACCGACUACCACAGAGCCACCAACAACCACGGAAACGCCGACUACAACAGAACCACCAACAACCACAGAGCCACCAACAACAACAGAGCUACCAACAACCACAGAGCCACCCACUACCACAGAGCCACUAACAACCACAGACGCACCAACCACUACAGAACCACCGACAACCACGGAGUCACCAACCACAAGUUCUCCUCCUUCAUACAACUAUGACGAAGUCCUUCACAACUCCAUUUUGUUUUAUGAAGCUCAGAGAUCAGGUAAGCUUCCCCCUUCCAACCGUGUUCCUUGGCGGAAAGACUCCGCGCUGAAUGAUCGCGGAGAUAGCGGUGAGGAUCUGACCGGUGGGUGGUACGAUGCAGGAGAUCAUGUAAAGUUCGGUUUUCCAAUGGCUUUUAGUGUUACCAUGUUAUCUUGGGGUUUAGUGGAGUAUAAGGAUGCUUACGAAGAUGCUGGUGAGCUUAAUUACAUGUUAGACUGCAUUAAAUGGCCCUUGGACUACUUCAUCAAAGCACACACCAAAAAGAAUGAGUUCUAUGGUCAGGUGGGUCAUAAUUGAUAGUCAUAUCUAUAUUUGCUGAUAGUUUGUUACUUUGCAGCAUAAAUGAGUUUAUUUAAUAUAUAUAACAAUUAUUCACCGAAGUGGAGGUGGCUAGUAUUGGAUAUUUACCGAGGCCGCGAAGCGGCAAGGUAAAAAUCCACUACUAGCCACCUCCACUUCGGUGAAUAAUUGUUUUAGUAUAUACUAAAACAGUGAGAUAAUUGAGCACAAAAUGAUGAUUAACUCAUUUACUGUUGCCAACGAUUACAAUUUUGGCGCGCGAUGACCGAACGGCCGCGGUCGUCGCUUUUUCUUAGCGACAAAUAAAACUUUGAAGGCGUUUGUUUAGCUCUUGCGGGGAAGUUUCUUCAAAAGGAGUUGUGAAUUCUGUUUGUAUUUAAAAUAAUUCUGUAAAAAAGAUUAUUAAAUUUAGUUUUGAGCUUAUUUAUGAACAAGUCAACUAAAUAAAGUAACGCAAGACUUAAGCUUGAUUUGCAUUUGUAAACGAAAAACUUUUUCACCGGUUUUAUCGAUAACUAUUCAAGUCAAAAAGACAAAGCUUUACCUGUUAAAACUUCCAAACCGAACUUCGUCACCUUCUUCAUGUAUUUCGGAAGUAGCUUGCUUGAUUAGUUGUGAAAUUUCUAAGUUUGUUACGGCAGCAAACUGGGAAAGCAUUUUACUCGCAACCUACGCGAGUUUGGCGUCGCUCGCUCGGGGAAACUGGAGGUGAAUCAGUGAAUAGUGCAGGAUAUUCACUGACUGAGUAACCAAUCAGAGAGCGCGAAAAACACUAUCCACUGUUUUAGUAUAUACUAAACUGACUUAUUUGCUUGUUCACAUUAAACCUGUGUAAGCAAGCCUUAAGCUGACAUUAGAUUGUUCGAGUAGAUGUGAAUUUGGUCAAUAGACUUUCCAUAUUAUAUAAAGGGGCCAGACGUUUUGAUGCCUUAAAUGCAAGAAUCGCAGAAUUUGAAAUCUAACGUAGUUAGUCAUAUUCUUAUGAUAAGGCGCGAUGUACGGUUAAAUUUUACUAUGGAACGUUGUUGGUGUGAAAAAGAAGGAAGGCGCCACUGACGCCAGGCUAAUUUGAAGUAUUAAUUUAACUGUUUCUGUGAUCAGGUUGGUGAUGGAAAUGCUGACCACGCAUACUGGGGCAGACCCGAGGAUAUGACUAUGGCUCGACCCGCCUUCAAAAUCACUCCACAGAAGCCAGGCUCGGAGCUGGCUGCGGAAACGGCCGCUGCCAUGGCGGCAGCCUCUAUUGCCUUUCGAUCUACAAAUAUCGGAUAUUCCAUGAAUCUUCUACAACACGCUGCAGAUUUGUACGACUUUGCUGAUACCAAUCGCGGAGUGUACAGUGACUCCAUUCCAAAUGCUGCCAGUUUCUACCGCUCGUUCAGUGGUUACAAGGACGAACUGGUUUGGGCAGCUGCUUGGUUGCACAGGUGAGCCUUCAGGUCAACGCAAAAUACAAUAUUUCCCUUCAGAUUUAAAGAUAAAGACUAGCCUUUAAGUGAUUAGUCGUCCACUAUCGGAGCACUUAAACAUCUGGCCCCAGUUGUUCAAACAAUGGAUAGUCAGGUUAUCAACCCGAUAAAUCACUGUCCAGUGGAAACGUAUUAGGGAAACCAAUUGCGUUAUCCACCAAUUUUUAAAAACAACUGGGACUUGAUUCUGAGCUUGAUGUUUUCUGCAUCGUUUCUAGUAUUUUUACCGCCCUCCCUCUUAUUCGGACUGAUAUUGGCUAUCCCCAGACACAAAUGACAUUUUGAAAAGUUUCCUUGCCCUGCUCAUUUUCAAAAAGUCAUAUAAAAGAUCAAGCUUACAGUGUCUGUCCAAAGCAUAUGGAUAUAUCAUUAAAAAUGGUUAAGGCGAAAUAUUUUUAAUUUAAACAGCAGUGGUCACCUGAUGUUACUGGUAUGUAGCCCGACCCUUUAUAAUGAAACGAUAACAUAACGAGGCCCUAAAUAAAUUGCCUCACAAAAAAAAAACAUAAAAUGCAACAGUUAUCAGAUUUAAUUAAGUGCCAAGGAAUAGGGGUCCUGUUUCAAACACUUUAAUUACUUUGACCUGUACCAGAUAUCUAAGGCCGGAAGCAAAGGUUAAGACCCUUCCAUUUAUAACAAAAGUGACCCUCUCUACUGUUAGCAACUUAUACUUCUUACAUUGAAAUCUAGAGCUACUAAUGAUGCAAAGUACCUCACGAAAGCAGAACAGUAUUAUUCAAGUUUUGGAAUGGGUGGAAAACCCUGGACAUUUUCUUGGGAUGACAAGAAAGCCGGAGUGCAGCUCCUUUUGGCAGAGAUCACCCAGAAAGCUUCAUACAAACAAGCCGUGGACACCUUCAUAACAAGUUGGCUUCCAAAUCACGAGGUUCAUUACACACCAAAGGGCCUUGCGUGGCGCGAUCAAUGGGGUCCAAACCGUUACGCGGCCAACACAGCUUUCCUAGCACUGGUUGCCGCUGAUAAUGGCAUUAAAACAGCCGCAUUCCGUGAGUUUGCCAGGAAGCAAAUUCACUAUAUGUUGGGUGACAGUGGGCGCAGUUUCAUGGUGGGCUUCGGUAACAAUCCACCAGAGAGACCACAUCACCGCAGCAGUUCAUGUCCCCUCUCCCCAGCCCCUUGCACAUGGGACAACUUCAAUAGCCCAGCUCCCAAUCCACAGACUUUGUACGGCGCGCUAGUGGGAGGCCCGGGCAAGAAUGACGAGUACGUGGACAACAGAAAGGAUUUUAUUAAGAACGAGGUGGCUACUGACUACAACGCGGGUUUCCAGUCCGCGGUUGCUGGCCUUAAACACUUGCUGCUAGCAGGAGAAUGAAAGGAAAGCUUUCAGUCCGUUCUUGAUGGUAGUUCUAUGUUGCCAUUAAUAAACCAGUAAAGAGAAUGUAUUAACUAAGUGAACAUGAAAAUAAAGUCUUCUUGAAUACUU